UAUUGUGUUUUGAUCCGAGUUUCUGAUCGAAUUAAAGGAUGAGCUACACCUCGAGCUACACCGAUUUCGUGGCGCUGAUAAAGGAAAAUACCAACAACAAGCUGGAUGAUUAUAAGGGACUUUGUCGAUUUUGUCUCGGUAAUCAAUCACAAAUAUUUGACAUGGGCGACGCCAAUUGCUAUACGAAACAGCAACAGAGAGAUGCCAUUUCAAAUAACUACUUCAUCGUUACCAAACAAUAUUUGCCAAUAUUCGAUGAAUAUCCAAAUUUCGUGUGCUCGUCGUGUGAGGCCAAUUUAAGCUUGACUGCUAAUUUCCUUCAAAACAUCAAACAAAAUGCAGAAAAUUGGGAAAUAUUUUUAAAAUCCAGCAACGAGGUGAAGGUUCAAAUGGAAGAAGGAAGUUCAGCGGAUGGACUCAAGCACUAUGGAGAAUUCGAUGCAGCGACUAUAAAAGCCAUCGAAGAUAUCAAAAUGGAAUUCUGUGAUGUGAGUGUCGACUAUGUUCUAGAGAAAGACACUAGUGAUGCAUUGGAACCACCGCUAUUUAAAAUCGAAGCCAAAAGUGAAAAUGUAGAAGAUGUCACAGCAACAGCCAAACGAGUCAAACGGAAAUGGAAGACAACUAGAAAGCCAACAUCAACUUAUAUGAACCCAAGCACUGAAUUUGAGCGGACAUGUCAAUUUUGCGACCAACCAACAUUUCCGUCCAUGAACCGCUUGUACAGUCACCGAAAAUUAAGUCAUCCGGAGAAAAAAAUCUGUGGCUGUGACAUAUGUGGAGCAGGAUUUACCAACAAGAACACCUUGUUCAUCCAUAUGAAAGACAGACACGCUAAAUGUGGCAGGAAACAUCAAUGUCAAUUUUGUGCCAAGCUUUUCCAUUCUGAUCGGGAAGUGAAACUGCACGAGAAGAGGCAUUUGAAUGUUCGCUCAUAUGUUUGCAAUUUAUGUGGCAAAGGCUUCAAUUCAAAAUCAACUCUCAAUUCUCACUUGAAAUCGAAAGUUCACAACGCAAACUACAAACCUAAGAAGCAACAUCCAAAAGACAAUCAACCAAAUCACAAAACUUAUCGUUGCGAUCAAUGUGUACCAUCGACCAUAUUUGCAAGCUCGGAAGAACGAACCAAUCAUCGGAAUGCGAUGCAUAAAAUAUAUGAGUGCGACGUUUGCAAAAAUUUAUUUUUAACGCUAGAGUCACUGGACAGUCAUAAGUUGGUGCAUUCGAACAAGCCCAGACCAUUCGUCUGUUCGGUUUGCAACGCUACAUUCAGCCAAUCUUCCCACUUAUCGUCACACUUCAAAUGCAAGCAUACUAACGCGAAGUCAUUUCAAUGCACAAUGUGCGAUAAACAAUUCGUCGAAAACUUUGCUCUCACCGCCCAUACGAAUCUUGUGCACAAAAAACAAGCACGAGUCAAGUGCAACCAAUGUGAGGCUGACUUUGCAUCGAUUAGAUACCUUCAAAUGCACACAUUGGCCAAACAUUCAAUCGAAGCGGCUCUAUAUGACUGUAAAAUUUGCGGUAAAAAGAACGGAUGUGCUGCAACACUUAAGCGACAUCGACUUAGACAUCAUAAGUUGAUGGAAUAAAGGCUCAGUGUUUUUGAUCAUUAAAUAU